AAUACCAAAAACAAUUUCUCACUCCAGAAUUGAUUUUGACCCUACACAAUUAUGGACUUCAAUAUAGUUGCCAAAGUCUCCGAAGUGAAUAUGCAAGGGACAAAGGAAACGCGUUCAUUGAAUAUUCCAACCAAAUAAUUUUCAGAUUUUAAUUUCUGCUAUAUAAAGCAUUACGAGAAACGCACAUCCACAAUUUCAACUGCUACCAAAUUCAUCCCGUUUGUAUCUUAAUACUAAUAAUAACAUUCUUUUGUCAUCAGAUUCAGCCUCAAAUUCAAUGCCUGAUUAAUUUUCCUUAUUUUUCUGCUGCAUUGCAUCAUAUUCAACAGUGAAGAAUCUGAGUGUUGAGUAUUUUUCUCAUCUCAUCUCUUACAACUUACAAGAAAGCUGGAUUGAUUAAUUGGAACUGUCUUUGGUACUGUGCAGUGCAGCAUUUGGAAAUUUUAUAAUUGCUAUGGAGCAAAUGAUGGGUGCUUCUUCUUCUUCUUCGGCAAUAUCUUUGAAAUUAUUUGAUGUUUUUAUUAGCUUUCGAGGUGAGGAUACUCGUAAAAAAUUCACAAGUCAUCUUUAUAAUGCUAUGAGCAAGAAAGUUAUAACCUUUAUAGACGACAGUGAGCUUGAAAAAGGAGAUGAGAUCUCCUUAUCAUUAAUUAAAUCAAUUGAGGAGUCACAUGCAUCUAUAGUCGUCUUCUCAAAAGACUAUGCUUCUUCAAAAUGGUGCUUGAAUGAACUCAUCAAGAUUCUACAAUGCAAGAAAGAUCAGGGACAAAUUGUGAUACCUGUUUUCUACGAAGUAGAUCCAUCACAUGUGAGGAAUCAGAUUGGGACUUAUGGGCAAGCCUUUGCAAAACAUGAGCGAGAUUUGAAGCACAACAAAGACAAGUUGCAGAAAUGGAAAAAUGCUCUCACUGAAGCAGCCAAUUUAGCUGGGUGGCACUCUCAAAAUUACAGGAUUGAAUCCAACUUCAUUGAAGAUAUCGUCGAAGAUGUUUUGAAAAAAUUGAAUCGUAGCCACCCAUUUAAAGUUAAUAAGGAACUUGUUGGAAUUGAGAAAAAGUAUGAAGAGACUAAAUCGUUAUUGAAAAUUGGGUCAAAUGAUGUUAGAACCCUUGCAUUAUGGGGCAUGGGUGGCAUAGGAAAGACCACUCUAGCUAAAGAUUUAUAUGCUCAAUUGUGUUCUCAAUUUGAACAUCAUUGCUUCCUCGAAAAUGUAAGGGAAGAGUCAACCAGAUGUGGACUCAAUGCUGUACGCAACAAACUUUUUUCCACAUUGUUGGAGCUUCGUGUUGAUGCACCUUAUGUAGAAACUCCAAUUUUCAUGAGAAGACUUGCAUGUGAAAAAAGCUUCAUUGUGUUGGAUGAUGUGGCAACCUUAGAGCAAGCAGAAAAUCUUAACAUAGAUAAUCAAUGCUUGGGACAGGGUAGUAGAGUCAUUAUAACAACUAGAGAUAAGCAGAUAUGUAGUCAAUUUGAUGAAUGUGAAAUAUAUGAGGUCAAGGAAUUGGACCAUGAUGAAUCUCUCCAGCUAUUCUGUUUGAAAGCUUUUGGAGAAAAACGUCCUAAAGUUGGAUAUGAAUAUCUAUCAAAACGAGCAAUCGGCUAUUGCAGAGGCAAUCCUUUGGCUUUAAAAGUUUUAGGUGCACAUUUUCGAACAAAAAGCAAAGAAGCGUGGGAAAGUGAAUUGGAAAAGCUAAAAAAGAUUCCAAAUGGGAGAAUUCAUGAGAUGUUAAAAUUGAGUUUCGAUGACUUAGAUCGUACUCAACAAGACAUAUUCCUGGAUAUUGCAUGCUUCUUCUCCCUGAUAGGUGAGUUGUAUGGGGAUCGUGAGACUUGCCGAGAUCACCUAGUAUGUCUAUUGGAUGCUUGCAAUUUCUUUGCAACAAGUGGGAUUGGAGUCCUUUUGGAUAAAUCACUCAUAACUUGUCUAGAUCCUAAUUUCAUAGACAUGCAUGAUUUGUUAAUAGAAAUGGGGCUAGAGAUUAUUAAGCAAGAAUCUCCAAAAGACCCCGGAAGAAGAAGUCGAUUGUCGGAUCCCGAGGAAGUGUAUGAUGUAUUAAAAUAUAACAAGGGAACUGAAGUAGUUGAAGUUAUAAUAUUAGAUAUUUCUGCAGUAGCGAAUCUAUACUUGAGCUCUGAUUCCUUUAAAUGGAUGACCAACUUAAGAUAUUUGAAAAUCACAAAUAUAGCUUUUGAGGGAAAACCCUACUCUGUGUACCUCCCUGACGGGCUUGGGUGGUUGUCUGAUAAAUUGAGGUACCUUCAUUGGGAUGCAUUUCCACUUGAGUCUUUGUCAUCAACCUUUUGUUUUGGAAGGCUUGUAAUACUUAACAUGUGCAAUAGCAAGCUUAAAAAGCUUUGGGAUGGAAUUCAGAAGCUUGACAAUUUAAAGAUAAUUAAGCUUGAUGAUUCCAUAGACCUGAUUGAGGUCCCAGACUUAUCAUGGGCACCAAAUAUUGAAGUAGUGUCACUUUCUAAUUGUGUGAGCUUGUGUCGGCUCCAUCCAUCCAUUUUUGCUGCCCCCAAGCUUACAACUCUUUAUUUAGAAGGUUGCGAAAACAUUGAAAGCUUGAAAACAAACAUUCAUUCAAAAUCUCUCCAAUCACUUGAUCUCACUGGUUGUUCAUCUCUAGUGGAAUUUUUGGUGACAUCAGACGAAAUGGUUUGGUUGUCCUUAAGUGGAACUGCUAUACAUGAAUUGGCAUCAUCAAUUUGGCACAAUAGCAAACUUGUUCAUCUCGUUCUAUCAAAAUGUAAGAAGCUUAACAUUGUUGGGAAGAAGUUAUCAAAUGAUCCACGAAUGGGGCCUCUUAAAAUACUGGACCUUUCUGGAUGCACACAAAUCAAUACGUCGAAUCUGUGGUACAUCUUUGAUGGCCUGCGAUCUUUAAAAGAACUCGAUUUGAGAAAAUGUUGCAAUUUAGAAGCUCUCCCUGACAACAUCCUAAACAAUUCAAUGUUGGAAAUGCUUCAUUUAGAUGAAUGCAGGAAACUUAAGUCCCUACCAAAGCUUCCUGCAUCGUUGCGAGAAUUGACAGCCGUUAACUGCACUUAUCUGUACACCGACUCCAUUCAACGAUCCAUGCUUGAAAACAUGUUACAUAGACAACACACCAACUCUGGGUAUAUAUCAAAUUAUGUUCAUGAAUUAUCUGUACUUCCAGGAGCCCAUGUUCCGGGCGAGUUUGAUUUUCAUAAAACAGAAGCUUCAAUAGCUAUUCCUCAUAUUCCAAAAUUUGGCCUGUCCGCUUUCAUUUUUUGCGUCAUUCUUUCUGAGGGCUUAAAUGUUAAUUACGAAAAUGUUCGUUGUACUAUCUAUGAACAUGGAAAAGAAGUACACCAAUGUAAUGUACGUUGUGGGAGUGGGACAUUAAUUUCAGACCAUGUAUUAUUGAACUGCUGGUGUGAUAACUCUAAAUCGGUGGAAUUGGGGAGUGAAAGUGGAGGUGAUCAUUACAACCUUUCAUUUGAAUUCAAACAUUAUGUUUAUGAAGAGAAACUGUGGUCAACUAAGGGGAUAAAGGGUUGUGGGGUCAUCAGUGUUUAUGGCUUGGAACUUAAGUUAGGGAUGGAUGGUAAAAACAGUAGCAGAGAUGAUAUCAUUGAAUUACAGUCCAAUGAUCAAGUAUCUGAUGAGUCUGAUCAACAUUUGAAAUUUGAUAUUGAUGAGUUACAACACCGGGCGUUUGGAGCGGAAGUUAGAGGCUCGGACGAUAAAAAUGAAGAUGACCAACAACAGCUUCUUAUUCCCCCAAAGAAGAGGAGGAUAACUUGAAUGAUAAAUCUUCUCGUGAAUGUUCAAAUUAAUAAAUAGCAAUAGCAUUGUGUCGAAACAAUACAUUGAACAUGUCUUUUGUUGAAGCACCUACUAGAAGAGUCAAAACGUCUAUUUCUCUUGUUUUUCAAGCAAAAAGACAAGACAACAUGGUAACUUUUAUUUAAUAUUCCUUGUUGAUUAUUAAUAUAAAGUUGUAUGCUUUUAAUAAAUUCACCAUUUCAAUGUGAAAGUGAUUGGACAAAGAAUAAGGAUAAUUGGAGUAGUUAAGAGUUAGUAAAUUUAUGAAUUAGUUAGGUGAUCGUUAAGAAUUGUUAUUUUGAUUAUUAUUAGAAAGUCUUUAUAUAGCUCUCAAUUGGUAGACGGGAGGUAGAGUGCUCUAGUGAGAAAGGUGAGUGCUCCUUUGGUGUAGUCAAUGUUAUCAUCUUCAUUAUUAAUCUUUGUAUAUCCUCUUUCAAUCUCACUAUAUGACUAAGAAAUAAUCCUUAUUUUUAUUUCUUUGAAUCUUAUUUUUACACCAUUA